CAUGCUGUAAAAACCAAAGGAAGUAGAGUGACGCUGCAGUUUCCCAUGAUUCACUGCAGCAUCAUGGCGGACACCAGAGAAAAAGCCCUGCAGGACUACAGGAAAAAAUUACUGGAACAUAAAGAAGUCGACGGACGUUUAAAAGAAUUGAGAGAGCAGCUGAGAGAACAAACCAAACAGUACGAGAAGUCAGAGAAUGACCUGAAGGCUCUUCAGAGUGUUGGACAGAUUGUUGGAGAGGUGCUCAAACAGCUGACCGAAGAGAAAUUCAUCGUUAAAGCCACCAACGGGCCGCGCUAUGUGGUUGGAUGUCGCAGACAGUUGGACAAGUCCCAGCUGAAACCUGGUACCAGAGUGGCUUUGGACAUGACUACUCUCACUAUAAUGAGGUACCUCCCCAGAGAGGUGGAUCCUCUGGUCUACAACAUGUCCCAUGAGGACCCCGGCAGCGUCUCGUACUCUGAGAUUGGAGGACUGUCUGAGCAGAUCCGUGAGCUGAGAGAGGUGAUCGAACUGCCUCUGACCAACCCGGAGCUCUUCCAGAGGGUGGGCAUCAUCCCUCCAAAAGGCUGCCUGUUGUAUGGACCUCCAGGAACUGGGAAGACUCUUCUGGCCCGAGCCGUGGCCAGUCAGCUGGACUGUAACUUCCUGAAGGUGGUCUCCAGCUCCAUCGUGGAUAAAUACAUUGGAGAAAGUGCUCGUCUGAUCCGAGAGAUGUUUAACUACGCCAGAGACCACCAGCCGUGCAUCAUCUUCAUGGACGAGAUCGAUGCCAUCGGAGGCCGUCGCUUCUCUGAAGGAACGUCGGCCGACAGAGAGAUCCAGAGGACUCUGAUGGAGCUGUUGAACCAGAUGGAUGGUUUCGACACACUACACAGGGUGAAGAUGAUCAUGGCCACCAACAGACCUGACACUCUGGACCCGGCGCUGCUGCGGCCCGGCAGAUUGGACCGGAAAAUCCACAUCGAGCUGCCCAAUGAGCAGGCUCGGCUGGACAUCCUGAAGAUCCACUCCAGUCCCAUCACCAAGCACGGAGAGAUUGAUUUUGAAGCCAUCGUGAAGUUGUCAGACGGUUUCAAUGGAGCAGAUCUGAGGAAUGUGUGCACAGAAGCAGGACUGUUUGCUAUCCGUUCCGACCGCGAGUACGUCACUCAGGAAGACUUCAUGAAGGCCGUGAGGAAGGUGGCCGACUCUAAGAAGCUGGAGUCUAAGUUGGACUACAAGCCUGUAUAAACAAUCAUUUGUGUCUGCUUCAUCUUGUUUUUGUUUUAUGGUUGAAAGCCAGAAAAGAUUGAGGAAGCUGUUGUAGAAAAAGUUCAUCAUCUCCAGACUUCAUAACAGUUUCCAGUCAUUAGUCUGGUCCUCCUCAUGUUUUAUACCACACCAACCAAGCCAGUUGUGCUGGUUCUCCUCACACCUGUAUAAAUAAGUUCUUCUUUUCAAAUAUACAUCACAUGUAACGAUG